AUGCUUUCAGGGAACCUCAAUAGCGGAAAACGGCAGGAUCGGGAUCAAGACCCAGCGGCGAUUACCGUUGGGUUUCCCGCAGAAAGUAUACCAACGGAGACCGUCUUGACCGUUUUGCCAAUUAUGGUGGGCAUUGGGCAAUAUAGAGAUAGUGUUCGGUGCAGCCCAACAGUGAUCGUCUUGAGUAUAACUCAGGAUGAUGUCUACGGGAAGUAA